ACACAAACACCGCAGCAACGUCGAGCAAACGACCGAUUCGCUAAGACCGAGGCUGCGAAGCGAGGAAAGGCGCCAACCACGGUCAGACCGAAAAAGAACCCCAAAUCCUCUCUUUCAGCAAGCUGGGUUGUGCUCCUCGCUUUCGUUGUCUGUGGCGGACUUCUCCUAGAACUCCUACGCAUUGUUCCUGGGCUCUGGUCCACUGUGGCUUCAUGGUUCACACGGUUCGCAGAAUAA